CCUGCUUGGUAAACAUUUGCUAUCAAUUAGAAGUACAAAAGUGUUAAACUAUUAUUUGAACAUGAUCAGCAAUAUAAAUAGCUAGUGAAUAAUUGCGAAAGUAUCAGUCUCACUCCAGCAGUCGAGAAAACCACUAGCACCAUGUUCACCAAAGUGUUGCUCGUCUGCGCCAUCGCCGCUGUGGCCCUCGCCAACGACUUCCCCCACGGCAUCCACCCGGCCAUCUGCCCGAACUACCCGCUCUGCGACGCCGAAGUUCUCGCCCGCUACACGAUAGACGGCAUGCCCAUCCCUGACUGGGAGCUUCCGCUUGCCCGUUCGGCGGCUGCGGCCAUGCCCACUGUUGAAGCUCCGCGGUACCCCGCCGAUUUCGACCCCGCCCUGUGCCCCAACUACCCAUACUGCUUCUAAGCCUACUGUGACGACGUGCAUCUAGUUGUAGAUGUAAAUUAGUUCAAAAUGUAACCUUUCGUAUGUGUGUGUCGGUCUAAAAUUGUGGUUUCAAACCUCUAUCGCGCCGUUAAAAAUAUCCUUAAAAAACAGCAAAAACAUUACUACACAUUUGGUGAGGAGCUUUAUCACACACAGAUGAGAGGUUAAAGUUGGAUGUUGUUGGAAAUGUGUUGAAAUUUUCUUGAAAACAAUACAGACCAAAAUAGAUAUA